AUGCGCCCGCGAACAGCCGGAUCAAUUCGGUCGUCUUUCUGGACUUGCGAUUCAUGCCGAUCGAGCCUGAGCAAAAGACGCGUCGCUCAGCAGCCUACUCACUCCGUGAAGAGGCCGCUGAGCUCGUCGCAACGUCUAUACCGCGGCAAGCUGCCUGAUACUCCGGCUCGUACCAGGUUCGCACCUAGUCCGACUGGGAAUCUGCAUCUAGGUUCUAUCAGAACCGCGUUGUUCAACUAUCUGUUGGCUCGGAAGACGAAAGGUCAAUUUCUGCUUCGGCUCGAAGACACAGACCAGAAGCGGACUCUGCCGGUGCCGAAGAGAAGCUAUAUCAAGAUCUUCAGUGGGCUGGUCUACAAUGGGAUGAAGGUAGGUCCUGUAGUCGGCGGUCCAUUUGGUCCGUAUCGCCAGUCCGAGCGUUUGCAUUCAUAUCAAGCCCACUUGAAAGGUCUGGUGCAGAGCGGGCAUGCCUAUCACUGCUUCUGCACCCCCGAGCGCCUGGACGAGCUGAACCGACGUAGACACGAUCUUGGUCUUGAGCUAGGCUAUGAUCGCAAAUGUGCUGCUAUUGACCCGGAACAGGCUCACGACAGAGCUGUAGCUGGUGAAGCACAUGUGGUACGAUUUCGAGCGCCUGACCGCUGGCCACGAUACAACGACCUGGUCUUUGGAAACUCCGGUCAUGGCGACAAAGGCAACAAGAAGCUGUACUCCGACGCUCCAGUCUGGGAAGAUGCCAUUCUGCUCAAGAGGGAUGGUUUCCCAACUUACCACUGGGCCAAUGUCUGUGACGAUCACGAUAUGAACAUCACACAUGUGGUAAGAGGGUCUGAAUGGAUGUCCUCAACCCCUCUGCACGUCGCCAUGUACGAAGCGAAAAGCUGGAAGCCGCCCAUCUACGCACAUGUACCACUACUCGUCGAUUCGAACAAGCAGAAGCUUAGCAAGCGCAACUUUGACAUUGACAUCGCGUCCUAUCAAGUCCGGGGUAUAUUCAAAGAGGCUCUAAUCAAUUUCACAGCCCUGCUCGGCUGGUCACAUCAGGGCAAGAAUGAUGUGUUCAAUCUGCAAGAACUGGAAGAGGCUUUCGAUCUCAAGAUCACAAAAGGUAACACUAUCGUCGCCUUCGGGAAGCUGCAGUAUCUGCAAGAGCAGCAUGCUCGUCGACGGAUCAGCGCUGGUGGUGAACCUUUCGAGCAGAUGAUCCGUGAUGUUUCUGUUGCACUUCUGGAAAGGUUCGGCGCCGGAAAGGUCGUCAACCUCGUCGGCAAAAGGGACCUUCGCGAUGUGGUUGCGAACAUGCUGCAGGCAGAUUCUCUGCCCUAUCGCUCCGCUGCCGAGUUCGCUGAGCAAUGUUCGAUUUUUGCUGAGGUGCCACGACUGUCGAAGCCUGAUGUGAAGGAUGUGGAAUUGCACAAAGAGCUGUCCGUCGCUGCAUCGACCCUGACGCUUGUGCCGGAUGCCGAGUGGACGUAUCAGACGCACGCGGAGAGUCUAAAACAGCUUGACUUUGCGAAAGGCCCAGAUGCUGAUACGGCAGACAGAAAGAAGUGGAAGACAGAAUUGUAUCAUUACCUGCGCUGGGCUCUGCUUGACGGCGCCCGAGGACCCAGUAUGCCGCAUAUCAUGGCGAUACUAGGCCGUGAUAUCUGUGUCGAAAGGAUUGCACGAGCCGCUAAAGAGACGCGGCUUGCUACUCAGACAGAGUCGAAUGCAUCGAGUCGGCCAGACGUUACCACUACGGCAUUCAAGUCGGCUGCGUGGCCUCCAACUUCUCCUUGA